AUGCGCAGCGGAGACGCCAAGCGAGGCGGGCCGUACAUCGACGCCCGCAAGUUCCCCCUGCACAACGCCACAGCCGAGUGGAACUUUGCGGGCAUGAAGGCUGCGAUUGCAAAGGGCGCCGACGUGAACCAGCGGGAGGCGCACGGCCUCACGCCCCUCCAAGUCGCCCUGAUGACAACCAGCGAGCCUUACUGGCACCCCUACACUGAAGAGGUGUACCACGCCGUCAAGCUGCUGCUGGACGCCAAGGCUGACCCCAGAAUCCCCUUCGCCCCACCCACCUCAGAGCGCGCCAGCCCCCCGCUGCUCUGGCCCGCGUACGACGGCCGUGACGACCUGGUGACAAUGAUGCUCAAGGCUGGGGCCGACCCAAAUGGCAAGGCCAAGGAUGGCACGACGCCCCUGCACCAGACGGCGAAAUGCGACUUCAGGCUGUCGUGGGACCCCCGCGCGGCCGCCACCGCGGAGGUGCUGCUGGCGUGGGGCGCCGACCUGGGGGCCAGAGACGCCUCCGGCAAGACGCCUUUCGGGUUGACGCCGGGCUACCCAAAGUGCGAGGGCAAGUACAGCGACGAGAGCGACUGCCCAAAGGUGUGCCGCGUGCUGCGCGACGGCGUGCCCAACGCGGACAAGGCGGCCAUCAAGGCCGGCAGGAAGCCGGACGACGCUUCCAGGAAGGCGCCCAGGUGCUGCGGUGACGCCGACCCCAACGGCCUUGAGUUCAGCCAGUGCUGCGUCUGA